CCAAAACGUACGUACAGUCAAAAACUAGCUAGGCUGAUUUCCUAUGCCUCGUCAUUUCUCUUGUACCCCUCGAUCCAUGCAUUAUCGCUCAAUCAUAACCCCCAUAAACCUUUCAGAAUUUUACUGUUCCGUUGGAAUUUUCAUGAAAUACUGCAAUAUGCACGUGCAUGCAUGUAUGUACAUCUAACCAUAAUAUAGUUUUCAAUCAAGGCGGUUUCUGAAGCAAACUACAUAUAUUUAUGGAUAGCCUUCUCUGUGAUGAAGUUUGGCUCACCGAAAAUUCUAAGUCGGAUAGCAGGCACAACGUUAACGGUUGCUUCUACACUACUAAGGAAGAUUGCAGAGAAGCUUUUGAAAUUUGCCUGCAAAAGGAGUUGAGUUACAUGCCUGAAUCGGGAUAUCGAGAUCAUCUCCAAUCCUCUGGUUUGAGUUUAGCCAGAUUCAGAGCCAUGCUGUGGCUCGCCAAGUCUCAAAGCCGGUUGAAUCUGUCAUGCCAAAGUGUUUUCAAUGCUGCAAAUUACUUUGAUCGAUUCCUCUCCUCGAAGCAAUGCAAAGGUUGGAAAUAUUGGAUGUUUGAAUUACUGGCCAUUGCAUGCUUAUCUGUUGCCUCCAAGUUUGGUGAGACAGCCCAUCCUUUCCAUGAAAUUCAGAUGGAAGAUCUUGACCACUCAUUUCAAUCUAACUUGAUCCAAUGGAUGGAAUUGACCCUACUGAAGACCUUAGGGUGGCGACUUGGCUCCGUAACAGCUUAUUCCUACAUAGAAUUGUUGAUGAGUAAUUUCAUUGAUACCCUCAGUUCUUUCCUGCUUGGAGAGUUAACUACAAGAGUCAAUGAGCUACUUCUUGGUGCCCUUUCUGAUUCUGAACUUGUAGAGUUCCGGCCGUGUACUAUCGCUAUAUCUGCGGUCAAAUGUGUUAUCAAAGAAUUGGAGCUUCCAUCAACAGCUAAUUCUCACCUUGCAUAUAUCAAUAGUCUCAUUCCUGGAGAUCAAAAGGAUGAUAUAAUCAAGUGCCACAAGAUCCUGGAAGGGAAACUGGCUUACCCAUUACUACUUCACAACUCAAUGGAUAGAAGAAGGUAUUGUAUUUGCCCUCCAAGCCCAGUCACCGUAUUGAAAAGGGAGCAGGUUGAAGCAUGUGGUUGCCAAGGUGAUCAUUUGUCCCUUUUCAAGAUGCCUAAUCUCAAAUCAAGCAACAUGAUCAAGUGGAAGAGGGAAGUUGAUCAUGAUCAAUGUGAUGAAAUUGGGACAGAGUUGUAAUCCGUUCUAGGGUUUCG